UGUUGUAUAUAGGUUGCAUGCUGCACACAAUUAGUAACCCACAGAACCGAGAAGAGAGAGACAGAAACAGAGAUGACAGAAGAGUUGAGAAAUCUAAUCAAGGUUUGGAUCUCUGCCUAUAUCUCCAUAUCAUACUGUUACUACAUCUCUUCAAAAAUCUCCAAAGGUUUCCUUCGUCUCCUCUCUCUUCUUCCAAUCUUCAUCAUCUUUCUUCUUAUUCCUCUCUUCCUAUCUUCUGUCCACUUCUGCGUCAUCUCAGCUUUUUUCCUCUCAUGGCUCGCAAACUUCAAGCUCCUUCUCUUCGCUUUUGAUCAAGAACCUUUAAGCCCACUUCCUUCAAAUCUCUUCCGUUUCUUCUGCUUCACCUGUUUCCCCAUCAAAACCAAUCAAAACCCUUCUUCAUCAAAUCGAAUCUACAACAAACCUAUGCCUAGAUGGGUUCUUGCUUUCAAAGUUAUGAUCUUUUCCUUCUUAUUACAUCUCUACGGUGACAAUUAUCAUAACAGUUUACCUCCGUUCGCUUUCUUGGUUAUGUUUACCAUCCAUCUCUACCUUGAGUCAGAAUUUAUCUUAGUCUUCGUCGGUGCCUUGCUCUCUACGCUUCUUGGUUGUGAAAUCGAACCGGUCUUCAAUGAGCCUUACUUAGCUACUUCUUUACAAGACUUCUGGAGUCGUAGAUGGAACCUCAUGGUCCCAUCCGUUCUCCGUCCAACCGUUCACAUCCCGGUUCAGCGAUUUACGGCUCGGUUAAUCGGUCCAAACCGGUCUUUUUAUGCUGGAAUGUUGGCCACGUUUCUUGUCUCCGGGUUAAUGCAUGAGCUGAUUUACUUUUACCUUGUCCGUAAACCUCCAACUUGGGAAGUCACUUGUUACUUUGUGUUGCAUGGAGUUGCAACUUCUGCGGAGGUAGCGGUGAAGAGGAUGCGGUUGUGUCCACCGCUGCAUCGGGCGGUCUCGGGUUUUGUGGUUUCGGCGUUUGUGCUCGUUACGUCCGGUUGGUUGUUUACCCCUCAAGUGCUUAGAAAUGAUGUGCAUAAGAGACUGAUUAGUGAAUGUUUGUUUGUUAUCGACGUUGUCAAGCUGCAAGUUGUUCGCAUUUUAAUGUAACGUCUAUAGAUAUCUGAAGAAGCGUUUCUUGUUAUCCU